AUGGUGGUGCGCGAUGUGGACUUCGCCACACGCCCCAUCAGCCGCAUGCUCCGCCUGUCUAUCCCCGAAGGAACAGAGGGGAUCGCCUUCGCGCCGUACGGCGACAAGUUGCGGCAGAUCCGCAAGAUCUGCACCGUCGAGCUGUUCAGCGCCCGGCGCGUCCAGUCCUUCCGGACCGUGCGAGAGGAGGAGGCCGGCCGCCUGCUCCUGGCGGUGGCAGCAGCGGCAACGGCGUCUGCCUCGGUGAACCUCAGCAAGCGGCUGUCGGCGUACGCCGCCGACUCAUCGGUGCGCGCCAUCAUCGGGAACAGGUUCAAGGACCGGGACACGUUCCUGAUGAUUCUACAGCGCGGGAUCAAGCUGUUCGCCGGGAUGAGCUUGCCGGACCUCUACCCGUCGUCCCGCCUCGCGAUGCUCAUCAGCCGGGUGCCGGGCCAGAUGAAGCGGUACCGAGAAGAACGGGACGCGUUCAUGGACGCCGCCGUCCGCGAGCACCAGGAGAACAGAGCGGCCGACGACGACAAGGAGGGCUUGCUCGACGUGCUCCUGAGGAUCCAGCGGGAGGGCCACCUGCAGUUCCCCAUGUCCAUUGACAACAUCAAGUCGGCCGUCGGGGACUUGUUCGCCGGGGGGAGCGACACGUCGGCAACGACCCUGGAAUGGACCAUGGCCGAGCUCGUGAAGAACCCCAGAGUGAUGGGGAAGGCGCAAGACGAGGUCCGGCGAGCCCUCGCUGGACAACCCAAGGUAAUAGAGGACUCCCUCGGCGGCCUGAACUACAUGCGCCUGGUGAUCAAGGAGGUGCUCCGGCUGCACCCUCCGGCCCCGCUGCUGCUGCCGCGCGAGUGCAUGAACGUCUGCCGGGUCCUGGGCUUCGACGUGCCCAAGGGGACCAUGGUGCUCGUCAACGCCUGGGCAAUCAGCAGGGACCCUGCCCACUGGGACGCCGCCGAGGAGUUCAUACCGGAGAGGUUCGAGCGUGGCGAGGUCGACUUCAAGGGGGCGGACAUGGAGUACACGCCGUUCGGGGCGGGCCGAAGGAUGUGCCCUGGGAUGUCGUUCGGCUUGGCCAACGUGGAGCUCGCGCUCGCGGGGCUGCUGUACCAUUUCGACCGGGAGCUGCCCGGCGGGGCGGAGGCCGAGGAGCUCGACAUGACGGAGAAGAUGGGAGUCACCGUGCGGCUGCGCCGUGACCUUCUGCUUGUUCCGGUGGUCCGAGCGCCUUUCCACUAG